AUGCUUCGGCUGCCGAGCACAACUUUCAAAUCGCUUUUCAAACGCGCCAGUAGCACCCCGGACACGCCAGAAACGGUGCGAAACGUCCAAGGCUGGGUCAAGUCGGUGCGAGUGUUGAAGAACCUGGCGUUCGUGGACCUCCAGGACGGCACCACGCCGCACGCGGUGAAGCUGGUUGUGCGGCGCGGCGGCCAAGCACCCGGGGCGAACCAGGCUCGCAGCGUUCUCCAGCUCAAAACAGGCCAAUCGGUGUGUGUGGACUCGGCCGUUUGGACGCGCACGGUGGGACGCCAGCAGCUCUUCGAGCUGCGGGCCAGCGAGGACGCGGUGCGUGUGAUCGGCGACGUGCCCGCGACGUACGCGUUGCAGAAGAAAGCCCACUCGCUCGCGUUCUUGCGCGCGAACCCAGUGGUCAAACAUCGAUCCAACUAUCUGGGCGCACUGCUGCGAUUCCGGUCGCAAGUGGAACUGACGCUCGCGCAAUUCAUGGACGACCACGACUGCACGAAAGUGGCACCGCCCGUGCUCACGUCGGGCGAUUGCGAGGGCGCAGGAGAGCUGUUUGCCGUGGACUCUCGUUAUUUUGGCUCCAAGACGUAUCUCACGGUCUCGACGCAAUUGCAUCUGGAAGUGCUCGCAGCGGCGCUCAACCGGUGCUGGACGUUGUCGCCCUGUUUCCGCGCCGAGACCAGCGACACGAACCGUCAUUUGGCCGAGUUUUGGAUGCUCGAGGCAGAACUGUGUUUUGUUGAUCGAGUUUGGGACCUUACCGUGUUUGCAGAGGCCAUGCUCAAACGGGUUGUUGGAAUGUGUGUCGCUAGGCAAAACGAGCUGCUUCCACUGCUGGUGCCCGCAGAACACUCGGAUUUUGAUGACGCUGCAACGGUGCAAGAACGCUGGAACUCGCUUUUGCAGCGUAAAUGGCCGCGUAUCACUUACACGCACGCCGUAGAGCUUCUCACGCAGCAGCACGCAACGCAACCGUUCCAGUUUGUGCCCAACUGGGGCCAAGAUCUACAAAGCGAGCAUGAAAAAUGGCUAGCUUCGCAUUUCGCAUCGCCCGUGUUCAUCACCGAUUACCCACGCGAGUGCAAGGCGUUUUACAUGAAACUUAACGCGGAUAAGCGCACCGUGGCGUGUUUUGAUCUGAUCGUCCCGCAAAUGGGCGAACUUAUCGGGGGCAGUGUUCGCGAGGACAACUACGAUGCGCUGGUGCAGGAAAUGACCCGUCGGGGCAUGAACGCGGGUGACUUGGAGUGGUAUCUGGCGUUGAGGCAAAACGGCAGCGUCCCACACGGAGGGUUCGGUUUGGGCAUGGAACGGUUGGUUUCGUGGUUGUUUGGCGCGCAUAAUAUUCGCGAUGCGAUUCCGUUUUAUAGGACCGCGGGUGGGUCGAUUCAGAUGUGA